UGCUGGUGAAAAAUUACAUUUGUUAAACAAACUAAAUAAAAGUUGAGAGUUUUAUUACAGACAAUUUCAAAAAAGUGAUUAUAAAAAAAAUGUCUCACAAAACGAUUUUAAAUUUGAACCAUUUUUGUUUUUAUGAGUUAUUUAAGCAAAUUAAAAAAAGCUGCGAGAUAUCAAAUACGGCUUAUACGCUUGAAGAAAUGAAAUAUACGGACUUAAUUAAUUUUGUCGUUUGCUGCAGACUGUUUCGGGACAUUUUCUAUGAGUGGGAUAAGGAUUUUUAUAAAAGUAUCUUUUUACUUUAUCUGAGCUCUUCGAGUGACUUAAGUAUCGACUUUGCCGAAUUGUACACACGCCUGAAAAAGUUCCCAGAGAAAGAAAAGGAAGCCUACUGGAAAUCCCUCAGUCUUGCCAUGGAAGAGAAUGAACACUUGAGAAGAGUCGAGUUGAGAUAUACCUCAGGGGGUUACAACAGUGACCACAUGGAGGUGUUUGCACUCGUAAUGAACCAGCUGAAGAAAAGUAAAAGUUUAAAAGCUUUAAAAAUUCAUAUUUCUGGUUAUACCGUUGACGACCUUACCGGAUUUGGACACCUAACCGAUCUUUUUUUGGAUGCGAAAGUAGAUUUAGAGGAGCUAUGCAGGUGCUGCAGUAAUAACCAAGACUUGCGCAAACUCACAGUUCUUAAUAGCGAAUCGGCGGGACGACGGUUGGCCGAUAUCGCACCGUAUUGCAAGCAAGUUAUCGAGUUUGAAUUCAAUAUGAGUUCGGAUUGCGAUGCCUCGAAAUAUGCUCCAUUUUACAAAAUGCCCAUGCUGGAACACUUGAAGAUUGGCGGUGUGCAUGAGCAGGGGACCCUACAAUCACUUUUUAGAGCUUUGACCAGAAAGACUCCAAAGAUUCUCCGAAAACUAUCCAUUGAUGACGCUCUUUUAGACUUAGAGGAGACUACGGCCUUAUCUCAGAUUGGGUCGUUAAACGACUUAAGAUGUGGGUUUCUAGACCCCCAAGUGUCCUACCUGAAUAUUGAACCCAUUUCCAAGCUGAAUUAUCUGAACAAUUUGGAAGUACUUUCAAAGCACGAUUUCAGAAGUAUCUCAGAACAAAUUUUCAGCAUUCUAAAGGCGUCUCAAGCAAAAAAGGAAAUAUGUCUAACAGACUGCCUAAUAGACUAUAAUCGCAAGGGAAAUCUGCGUCUUAUUCUAGACAACGUGAAAGCCUCGGACUAUGAGUCCUUGCUCGAAUUGCCAAAUUUUGACUGUCUCGAAAUUAACGGCAACCAUGCUACAGGUACUCUUGUUGAAUUUUUCGAAAAGUUAGCGUUGUCUCAGUCGUCGAUUUUGACAAUAAGCACGAUGAACCCAUUUAGUUCGGUUUAUCAAAACCUACUUCAAAAAGGGUGGCGGUUGAGACCUCAAAUGGUUCCAGUGAUUAACGCCCAGGAAAUCGCAGCAUUGUCGACUUGCAGGCACUUAAGGAAAUUAGUAUGUGGCUUCUCUGACACCGAGAACAUAGACCUUCUAUAUAAUCUUAUAGAACUGGAAGAGCUAACCAUUACCACCAAACCAUCGAAUGGUUCCCUAAAGAACCUCUUCUCGGCUCUGGCUUCGAGGGAAGUUUCAACCCUCCAGUAUUUCCGGCUCUCAGAGGGAGUGAUUGAUUCCCAGGAAGCUGAGAUGCUGGCACGAAUAAGAUCUUUGAAAGGCGUGGAGUGCGGUUUUUACGAUGCUCAAGAUAUUGGAAAAUUCUCAGACCUAGCUAAAAAAAACCUUAAAGAGCUUGAUAUUACCUCGCUACAAAACUUCCACGAAACUUCGCCUGGUAUACUUCAAGUUUUACACGCAUCCGAAAAUAUAAUGUUCGUUUCCACCAGUGACAUUACGUUAAGGUCUGAUCGCAGCCGGAAUUUGUUGGGCCUUCAAAUGAGUAUUAUAGAAAGUUACACAGAUGACACUCUGCUGGUUCCCCUGGCGAGUGUUGAAUGGACAGAAACCCUCAUAAUAACCAUUAAACGGGGCAACUUAGGAACCCUUUUCAACGCCAUAUCUACGAAAGCUUACAACAAUCUGAAGAAAAUUGAAAUAUGCGACGGAUCUCUCGAUUUUAAUGAGACAUUUGAAUUGCACAACCUGAAAUCUUUAAAGGAAUUUAAAGGCACAUUGACCGACUCACGGAGCAUCGAACACUUGACACAUUUAACCUAUCUCGGACUUGGGAAUUCUUUUGAAAAACGUUUUCCAGAGGGUAUCGUUGAGAUUUUCAAUUCUGUUGAGAAAGAAUUCACAAUAAGUCUGGGGAAAAGAGAAGUAGGCUUUAACCAGUCUACUGGCCGAUUAACACUGCGUAACGCAUUUUCGUUUGAGUUUUCCAAAGACAUCUUUCCACUAGCAGGAGUAAAUAAUUUGAAGUCUGUUCGAAUUUCAGGAGCUAGUAAAGGGACAUCACUCCAAUCUUUUUUGGCACAAUUGGUUGCAAGGCCAAGUCUGUUUCUUGAAGAGCUGAUAAUGGAAGCGAAGAAUGAUGAAAUUGAUUCUGGCGUUUUGACACUAAACACUUUUGAAUUGAAAGAAGUAGCAUCCAUAAAAACUCUAAGGACUCUUAAAUGCGGUUUCUCCGAUGCGAAGGACUUUGAAUUACUGGCUGGCCUACCGGAACUAAAUUAUUUAGUUGUUGGCCUCAAUGAAGAGGAUGUUUUGAAAGGCCUUUUGAGAAAACUCUCCUUGAAUGAUUUUCCAGUUCCAGACAAUUUGCCUGCUGAGGGCACAGUUGGAUUCGAGAUCCGAUCACACCAAAUUUUCGUUAAGGAAAUGGUGAUUUUAAAGGAUCAAGAGGACCCUUUCCUUGUGGAGUUGUUUAAGAUGUUGGCCCUCGUUAGCGGAUCCAAUCUACAGAGUUUGAUCGUCAAAGGUGCGCCCAUUAGCCAUAUGGAAGCCGAAGAACUUUCGAAAAUAAAGUCAUUGCAAAGACUUAUUUACAUAUUCGAAAAGUUAGAGGACAUUAAAAACCUUGUCAGGUUAUCUGAAUUGACAAUUCUUAUUAUUGGACGCAGAAAUCCUGGCGACUACGAUGAGAAAAAAACUUUGAUGACUCGAAUACCGGAACACAUUUCCCGAGAUCUUCUGUUAUCGUAUUUUAGAGGGUUUGAAGGCGUGGCUCAGCACUUGGACCGUCAAAGAUUGGUUAUUGAGUUGCCACGCAUGGUGUGCUCUCUUCCAAGAAUUUUUGAGCCAUUGCCUGCAGGUUUGACAUACACACUGCAGGAACUAGUCAUAAUCCACAGGUAUAUAGACCUCGAAGAGGUUGAAAGGAUUGCUCAAAUCGCAUCAUUGAGAAAACUUAGGUGUGGAUUCCGAGAAGCGACUAGUUUCUCCGUUUUGCGACACCUUACUCACCUUGAGUGCUUGGAAAUCAAGUCGUAUCCAAAGUUUUUGGAAAUAUCUAAUCAUCUCGUACUAUGCUUUCAAGAAUGUCCGGAGUUGCAGUCCAUCGACUUGCAUUUUAAUCGGCAAGUGCAGUGUAUCAGCGACGAUUUCAUACAGCGGGCAAUCGUAGCACUGAAAUCGGUUCGAGAUCCGAGGGUUCGCAGUCCAUUGAGGCUAACCUGUUUCGUUAGUCAAGUUUUUAUUGAUCCGAAAUCGUUUAUUGAUGAGGAGUAUAUAAGUCUAUCCAUCAACAAACGUGAGGAUGAUGAACUUCUUUGGGAAUACUUUUAUUAAGAUCACAUAUAAAAUUAAGGAAGAUAAUUUAUUGCGCAAAAUGUAUAAGCUGUAUAAGCUAGAUAGUUGGGAUUAAUACAGAUUUCCGUGCAGUAAUACAGCGACACAAUGUUCACAAAUCGUAGGAUUAGAGAAAUGGAAGAGACAUUUUUUGAUUGGUAUAUAUUUAUUGAAAUCUAUCAACUCACAUAUCUUUAUAACGAACAAUGAUUAAAGAAAUAUUAAAAAAUUCAGCGCUAGCAGAUAAAACCUUAGAACCGCUAGAUGGCGCUGCACAUGUACUGUUCGCCUCUCCAAUGGAAUUUCUGGUGGAGCCAUCUGUAGUUUUAAAAUCGGUUAACAGACUUUAAUAGUCGUAGCAUUCAAAAUUUGGUCUUAAAUGAG